AUGCAAGAAGGAUCUACAGAAGAGCUCCAGAGCAGCCAGCCGUGUGAGAGCAAACUAAAUGAGCAUGCUGGUCUCCUAGUUAACAGAAGCAGAAAGACAAUGGUGACAGGAGGGGGAGGCUACCUGGGAUACAACCUGGGAUGUGCUCUUGUUAGGUCAGGAAUUGCUGUUGUUCUGUUUGAUGUACGGAAACCGAAAUGGGAAAUCCCAAGUGGAGCAGAUUUCUUCAAGGGUGAUGUGAGGGAUUGUGAUGCAGUGUUCAAAGCAUGUGAAGGAGUUGACUGUGUUUUUCAUGUGGCAGCAUGUGGAAUGUCAGGAUUAGAACAACUUCAAAAGAAAGACCAGAUUGAAUCCAUAAAUGUUGGAGGCACAAAAAUAAUAAUUGAUGUCUGCAAACAAAGAAAUAUCCCUAGACUGAUAUAUACCAGUACAGUGAAUGUGGUAUUUGGAGGGAAUCCUAUCGAAGAAGGAGAUGAAGAAACAGUGCCAUAUUUUCCACUGGAAAAGCAAUUUAAUCAUUAUUCUAGAACAAAGACAAUUGCAGACCAAAUGGUUCUUGCUGCUAAUGGAACUUUACUCAAAGGAGGGGAUAAGCUCCAUACUUGUGUGCUUCGUCCACCAGGCAUAUAUGGACCAGAAGAGCAGCACCACCUGCCACGAGUAGCCGUAAAUAUCGAGCGGAGAUUCUUUAACUUCAAGUUUGGGAAUCACAAAGUUCAAAUGAACUGGGUUCACAUAGGAAAUCUAGUCCAAGCUCACUUACUAGCUGCUGAGGCUCUCACCUCUGAGAAAGGUUAUGUAGCUAGUGGUCAGGCGUAUUAUAUACAUGAUGGUGAAAACGUCAUAUUUUCUGAAUGGAUAGUCCCUUUAUUUGAAAAAUUAGGCUACAGGAAACCCUGGAUAUGUAUUCCUGUUCUCCUGGUUCAUAUAGCAGCCACUGUGAUGGAAUAUCUGCACCUGAUACUAAAGCCAGUUUUUAGCUUUACACCUUUCUUGACAAGGAAUGAGGUGUGGAAUGUUACUGUAACUCACACUUUCCGAAUAGACAAGGCACGAAAUCAACUUGGUUACAAGCCCAAGAAAUUCUCACUUGCUGAUUCUGUGGACCAUUAUCUUAAAACAAGACCUACUUGCCAAGAAGAUCACACAUUCUUUAAAAUGGUGCUUACUUUUGGCAUUUUGUUAAGUUUGAUCAUUCUUUCUUUCUUCUAA